AAAAAAUAUUAUAGUGAAAUGGGGUUGCAUGGAAAAUUGGUUGCAGCAAUAGAAUUCAAAGCUGGUGGAGAUGUCUUCCAUGAACUUUUCAAGCACAAACCAGAGCAUCUUUCCAAAGCUAGCCCUAUUAGGGUCCAAGGCUGUGAUCUCAUCCAGGGGCAAUUUGGUCAAGUCGGUGCCAUCAUCUGCUGGAGGUACACCCACGAAGGGAAAGAGAAGAAGGCGAAGCAAGUUAUUCGGGUGAUGGAUGAAGAGAAGAAGCUGAUUGAAUAUGAGAUGUUGGAGGGAUCCGACUUGUUGCAACUCUACAAAACAUUUGACAUAACCAUCCACGUCGAGACCAAGGGCAACAUCGACUUGGUGACGUGGACGUUGGAGUACGAGAUGUGCAAUGAUGACGUGGAGCAUCCAAUGUCGAUGCUCUCGUACUUCAUCGACAUCACCAAAGACAUCGAAGAUCAUCACUUUGGCAAGCCAUGAGUGAUCUACUCACUCUAGCUUGUUAAUUGUAUUUUCUAGUGUUGAAUGUGUGAUUUAUAAUACUCCCUCCGUCCGCCAUUAGGAGUCCCAUUUCUUGGCGGCACGGGUUUUAAGAAGUGUUAAGAAAAGUGAGUGGA